AUGCAACAUUUAGUGGUCUUGUUAAGUGUUUUGGCAUUGCUCAGUGCCCAAUUGAUCGAUAUAGAUUGGUCUAAUGUGCGUCCAAUUGUACAAUUUGACCGUUAUAGGGCUCACAUGCCAGCUGAGCUGCAAUUGCUGCCAGGAAGCACCAUCAGUAGACAGGUGGCUACAGCCGGCCAGUUUCCCUACCAGGCAGCUAUCGUUAGCAACUUCAACGAUGGCGACGGUCUCUGCGGUGGAUCCAUCUUGAGUAGCAAAUAUAUUUUAACUGCUGCCCACUGCGUUCAGGAUGCCUUAGGAGGUGUUGCCAUCAUGGGUGCCCAAAACCUAGAAAAUGUCGAACCAUCGCAGCAGCGCAUUGCAUACUCCUCGGUUGGAAUCAACGUACAUCCUGGAUUCAACCCAACAAGCACUCAUAAUGACAUUGCCACCAUUCGCCUGGUCAGUGACAUGUCUUUCAAUGCUCGUGUAGUUCAAAGUCAGCUUCCCGCUGCUACAGAUACGCGUGAAUAUGUAUAUAAGAUCGGAACCUCUUCCGGGUUUGGAAAGACUAACAGCACAUCGACAUCUAAUGAGCUCAUGUACUUCCAAAGGCCAAUAAUAACUGAACAGGAAUGUGUUCUUUACUGGGGCAACUUAGUCGAUUCUGGCAAUAUGUGCUUGUCCGGAAUUGGGGGACCUUCAACCUGUGACGAUGAUUCGGGUGGCCCAUUGACUAUUCAGGACGGUGAUAACACCCUGCAGGUCGGAAUUGUAUCGUUUGGAAAUCCUGGCAUGUGCAGUCUCGGUGUACCGCCAGUGUACACUCGAGUGUCGUUUUUCAGACCCUGGAUCGUAGAUAACUCUGACCUAGUCUAACUAGGCUGGAAAACAUAUAUAAAUGGUAUGUGAAAUAAAGUCAACCAAACUUCUCAAACUGUUUUAAAUUCAAAGAAGCUAGAGCCUGGCUACAGGAAACGCGAAAAGAAAAUGUAACUUUGCUAUCACUGCCGUAAAUCUUCUCUAUUAUAGAACAACAAAUAAAAAUGAAGAAAUGGUUUAACUAGGUAAA